GAGAAGCUUUCACCCGGGUGGGCGGGGGCAUUUGGAGAGGCGUUGCCGCAUUCUGUCUUCACUCAACUGACAUUAUAUGCAGCAAGACUGUCACACGGUCUUCACACAUUACUUUCGCUUCUCGUUCUUCACGCCAUCUUGUGACGAUAAUAUUGCGAAUAAAAAAAAAUGGCCAACUACAUUCACGUACCCGAAGAGGCUCCGUCCGUGCCCAAAAUCGACGUGACAGUUGAGGAGAGAGACUACAGAACCGGCGCGUUGAAGCUGGUCAAGGAGCUGAGACCGAGCUGGAAACCAUCCGAGGUCAAAAUAAAGUUUUUCACUGACGGGAUCACCAAUAAGCUGCUUGGCUGCUACGUGGGCACGGCCAUGCAAGACGUGGUCCUGGUUCGUAUCUACGGUAACAAGACUGAGCUUUUGAUCGACCGCGAGAACGAGGUGAAGAGUUUCCGAGUCCUGCACGCACACCGCUGCGCCCCGCGCCUCUACUGCACCUUCAACAACGGCCUGUGCUACGAGUUUCUGCAAGGCACCGCGCUGGAGCCGGAGCACAUCCGUAGCCAGUCUGUAUUCAGGCUCAUUGCCAGACAGCUCGCCAAGUAUCACGCCAUCCAUGCUCACAAUGGCUGGGUGCCCCAGUCGGACUUGUGGCUGAAGAUGGGCAAGUACUUCUCUCUCAUCCCAAAGUACUUCACGGACCCUGAAAAGAAUGCGAGGUUGAGCACGGAGGUGCCCAGCCCACGUUGCCUCCGAGAAGAGCUCGUGUGGCUCCAGCAGAGCUUGUCGGUGCUGGGCUCCCCCGUGGUCCUGUGCCACAACGACCUGCUGUGCAAAAACAUCAUCUACAACCAGCAGGCCGGCAAUGUAAAGUUCAUUGACUAUGAGUAUGCCGGCUACAAUUACCAGGCCUUCGACAUUGGGAAUCAUUUCAAUGAGUUUGCUGGUUUGAACGAAGUGGAUUAUAGCCACUACCCAGCACGGCCCUUUCAGCUGCAGUGGCUUCGCUCGUACCUGGAAGCCUACAAGGGGCACAAAGGUCUGAGCAACAAGGUGACUGACAGAGAAGUGGAGACGCUUUAUGUGCAAGUCAACCGAUUUGCCCUGGCAUCACAUUUCUUCUGGGCUCUCUGGGCUCUGAUUCAGGCCAAAUUCUCCACCAUUGACUUUGACUUCUUGGACUAUGCGGUGCUGCGCUUCAACCAGUACUUCAGGAUGAAACCCGAGGUGGCUGUGUUGAGCCUACCAGAAUAAACGCCCCCACCCUUCUUCUUCCUCCUGCUCUUCCUCUGGCCUCCACGCCCUGCUCAGUGCCUCUCUUACGACAAACAUAGAGCGCCCUCUAAGGGCACACGCUGGGAAGACUUUUGUUCAGUGCCUGGUGCGACUGGCACAAUCAUCUACCCAUUUGCAAGUUAAGUAAAAAAAAAAAAAAAGAGGUUGUGCAUGUACUGACUGAACAGCCUGGUCAAAUGUAAAGCAAUGCGUGGUCAUUUCAAUCUCCAUAUUUAAGGCACGCUGAAUAAGAGACGGGAGCCAAACAUUGAUUGUUUGGAGACGCCAGUAAGUCACUCCCAUGGAAACUACCCCCUCCUCCCCCUUCCCCACCAGAGAGGCAACCGAACCACCCACAUCAAGCAACAUGCACUUAAUGUGCUUUACCCAGGAAGUGAAGAGUCAUCACGACAUACUGAAUGGCUGGAAAAUGCCUGGCUGCUUUUGCUUUUAAACCCUUAUUUUUGGGUUUUUGGCUGAUGUGCCACAAUCGCCAUGUAGUCAUCCUCUGUAGGGGCGUGUGUGUAUUUUAAGUGUGUUCAGUGAGGGUUAAAACAGAGGCGGAGUCGGCUAAAUCUCUUGGCAAAACAAAGUGGCCGUUUUAGCAUUCCAUGUUCAUCAUGCUGCUUGGCUUUCGUUUGAAAUGGGAGCACUAAGACGAGACCAAAACUGCUUGACUUGUAGCAAUCGUUUAAAUGCGGGCAGGGAAAAUUUGUGACGUCGUCUGCGAAGUGCUGCUCAGGAGGUCAAAACAUGCUGUCGCGUAAGACAAAAAUGGCUGGUAUUGACACACGGACCAACAGACAGCAUUUAGAGAAGGCCUUUGGAAAUACUAAAUGAUAAUCUCUUCGUUCCUUUAAACAAGCCGGCACCAAAGUUGAGCUUUCAUGUUGUAAAUAAUGCACACUUAACAGUUUGAGGGCUUCUGAAAACUUAGUUUGACGAUUACAGCUCUGAAAAAAAUUAAGAGGCCACUGCAAAAUUGCCACUUUCUCUGAGUAGCUCUUUAUAGGUACAGUAUACGUAUGUGUAUGUAGAGAAUAAAGAUAAAGAUCCAGUGUCUUUUUUUGGUCUAUUAAUCCUUUCUAUAACUAUUUCAAACGUUGCAAUAACGAAUUGAGCUUUUAAAAGAUAAACAGAGCUUCCUGAGCAAUUGAAACAUGUAAAUGCAACUCAUUAAUUUUAAGUCCCCCCCCCCCACUAUACAUCAAUGCACUGUUCAUUCUUCUCAGCUGACAAAUAGAUGCUAAAAUGUUUGUUUGCCUGUUUGCUCUUUUUCUCUACUUGUCGGAGUUGAGAAAUAAGGUCCAUCGUUCGUACCAGUGAUUAGAGGGGCAGCAGACAAUGUGAAGUCGCAAAUCUACGCACAUGAGUUUUUGAAAUGUGAAAAUGUUGUGUAAAAGUGGACUGUUUACAUCUCGUAACUGUCACAUUUUGGGAACUGGUUUAAAUGCUGUCAUCUCAAAGGCAGGCUUCUUAGUUCUGUGACUUUUUCUCUCUGUUUUCUGUGGCCAUUGUUGUAUAUUGUUUAUAAUGUACAGGAAACAAAUAUCUUUGCUCAUUUGAAUUUUUUUUUUUUUUUUUUAAUGAAAGUCAUGGAAAGUGAAUAGAAGUAAAAGUUGACUUUAAAUACUGUAAACAAACCUAGGGGGGAAAAUAAAAUGUAUUUACUCUUA